AUUCUUAAGAGUAUUUCAGAUAUGCAGGGAAUCUAGCUGGCGCUCUCGUUUUGUGACAAUUUCCAAUAAAGAUAUUAUUGACUAUGACACAUUAUUACUCACUGUGUCACACGCACAUCCAUCUGGCGUCCGUUGGAAAAAUGAUUUGCUGUGAAGCAUGGUCACAAGACAAAAUCUGCCCAAGCAUCCUAAAGCAGAGUAGCAACAGAGAAGCCCAUUGGCCGGGAGACCGGAGCAGCUGAAAUAGCUAUGUAAACACUUUCCCUCUCUCGGUGAGCCCCGGUAAUUAUAGCCAGGAUGCUGGUGACGACAGUUGUCCCAUCGAGACUUCAAAUGCUGGAAUAAAUUUGACAUUAUGACAUUUGAUCCCCCGCGCCGACGGUGCGCCCGCGUAAACACUGGGGAGCGGUAUAAAGACCGGGGACCCCGGCUGGAACAGAAGUUGUUUACCCUUUGAUUCGACGCUCCGGAGUUAACCUCAACGGCGGCGAAGAAGGGGUCCCUUUAAAUCCGCCCGGCUGGGUUUUACGUAACACGGUGGAGGAAAAGAGAGGGGGAAGCGCCGGACGGAGGGGACUUGACAGUUUGGCUGUGAGGGGAGUGAAGCUGCUGAAGAGGCCAGAGCAGACAGGGACUGCAGCCCGGGCUGAGGAUUUAUACCCGAGGACCGGGAAAACUGUAAAACACAGCUGGUGUUUCCAAGCCAUCAAUCCUUCUGUCCCCUGCUGGCAACCCCUCAGUGACCUCUGACAGGAAAGUGAAACAGGAGAAAGGGGAAACCGCCAUUUGAACCGAGCGGAGCACGGUGUUGGAACUGCCUGUGUCAUGGCAGCCAUCGACCUGGAGCUGGGCCUGGAGCGCGGCGGCCGCGGCUGGGGGCCGGAGAGGCCCGAGCUGAUGGACAACUUCGACUCGGAGAUGCAGGAAUGGGAGGACCAGCUGCAGGACAUCCAGAGGAAAAUUGAGGAGUUGUAUAAUGAAGUUCAGGCCCGCAGAGGAGCGAACGACACCGCCGACAGCCAGAAAAACGGCAGUCCAUUAGAAUGUGGUCUGGGACACCAUGGAAACGGCCUUUUUGCCCCCGAACACCACAGCGAGAGCCUUUCUGGAGCCAUCACGGUGCCGCACCACUAUAACAACGGCUGGAACCACAACCCCAACGGGCACGGCUUCCCCGCGAGUCAUCAGAACGGCUACGGAUACUGCCAUCCCAGCGGCGUCUCAGAGAUCGGAGAAUUGUUGCAGGAUUAUUUGGGGAAGGGGAAACAAAUGAGCAGGAAGAACAACGGAGCUCGCCAUGUUCACUUCAGCGACACGAUCAAGGUGAGCCGGGACGUCACUGCACACCAGGAUGAGAGCAGAAACGCUGGAAGUGAAAGACUUGGUCAGGAGCAGGUUUUGGGAAGUUUUGAGGAGACUGAAAACAGGAAGAACCGAGCGUAUUACAUGAAAAGUUCCCCCCGCCGAGAAAAUUCCCCCAACAAAGAGAACACAGGUGCCAAGCCCCCGAUUGGACAAAGGGAUUCCCCUGGUGUUCAGGCGCGGUCACAGCACUCAAUCGCAACGCCCGAAUCUCCUGCCAUGGACAGAAAGUCCUUCAGUCCAGGAGUGCUGGGAGAGAGGAAGUGCAGCAGCCCCUCCGUCCUCAGGAAGUUCGGAGCCAUGCUGCAGGAAAACGAGGGCAAAACGCUCACCGAAUCGGGAGUGGUGACCCAUCAGGGUCUGGCCCCAGAAGCAAAGUGCCUCACUCCUGGCUGUCAGCGCAAAGCUCUGGGAGCCAGUGCAGUUGCGGGCCGGUUGCCCGUGCGUGCGCCUACCCAAAAAUGCCAGGCGGAUUCCGACGUGCUGACAGCGGAGGCAGAGCCGGGCCAAGAGUGGGGCUUCUCUUUAGACUCCGGUAGGCAGAGCUACAGGGAUCAGCGAGGAGGCUACAGCAGCUCCAGGGGGUCUCAUCCCAGUCCUCAGCAGACCCAGAGGCGAUCCCAUGUGGCCGGCAGCCCAAAGAUUAGACCCAGGGCGAACAGCGGAGCGGAGAGGGAUGGAGGCCUGGCUCAAGUGGAGAAAGCAAGGAAGCCCGCGUCCCAACACGGGGAGCCAAAGAUGGACAACAGGAUCUCAAGGACUUCCCCCGGAGCUCAGAGGAUUCAGAGAGGAGGGCUGGUGGGAAAGGAAUCGCCAAGUUGUGGCAGAGCGAGGGAUGAUGGACUUAUUGAGCUGCUGGACAUGCUGGAAAUCCAGCAUGAGUACAGCUCCAACGCCAGGAUAGGAUACACCGCCUUUAGACAAGAGCCACCGCAGGUGAACUCAGCUGAAAUGUCUCCAGUCAGACCCAAGAAGAGCUUCUCUCGUCCUGCACGGCCUGCCAACCAGCGACCCCCCUCCCGAUGGGCCAGCCACACCCCCACUGCCAGGAUCACUGCCCCGUCAGGCCCGAUCUACCCCCCGCCAAGCCCCCUGCCCCGCACCCCCAGCCCCAUGACCAGGACCAGGACCCCUAGUCCCGCGCUGAAGCACCGACCUCUUAUUUCCUACUCAUUUCCAACCGAGACCGUCAUCAUGUGAUCAUUUUUCCAUUGUUCCGAGCUUCUGGAACCCCGUGUAAAUAAUACAGAACAUUUCAGGCAAACAAAGAGGGCCUCAAAGAAAUGCUCCACUUCCUCCUGAUGUCACGUCCAUCUACAACAUUCUCCAGUGUUGCUGUGGCUUUAAGUUCCUGCGUGCCUACCGUUUGCUAAAACAACAGCAUAUUGCUUUGUCCCCGUCCCAUCCCCCCCCCCCCCAACUUAUCCAUACUACCUUUUGUAUUGAACUUCAGGUGUUUUCUGUGUAAUGUGAUUUGGCAUGAAGUCAUGGUUUGAGGGUGUAUGCUCAUGUGCUCAGUCCUAUUGGCUACAGCGCUGAAUCAAAUUCAGCCUGACCGCCAGUGGGAGCAGAUUAGGUUGCGACUGUGCUCCCAGCAGCAACCUGCUAACUGUCAACAAGAGUGUGUUUUACUGUAUCAUAUUGUCAAAAAUAUAUUUAAGAAGGUCAAAAACAGCUGUGACAGAUAAUUAUCGUAUGCCUUUAAUGUAUUUUUUUUUUUCUCUUGGUAAUAAAUCUAACUGUACUUUGACA